AGCCUGUCAGUCAGUGCUGUGACCACUUCCUGUGGGAGAAUGAACAGACACUCCCACUCUUCAUUUCAGCCUAGACAUGGAGCGGAGAUGUUCUUUCAGCAGCUCUGAUAUAAUGACAGCUUUAGGAGGUAAAAUGCUGUCAAAAAGUUUUAUUUCCGGCAUCAUUACUUGUUUUGAGGACAGUCUCGGAGAAGUAGCUCCACAUUCAGAAAUAGCAGAGACAGAAAGAGAAAGAAGAUGGCCAGCGGAUCAGAGAAAGGAGACAGAGAAGCAAACAGAAGCCAAUCAUCUCUGCUUAUUGAAAGGAAAGACUUGUUUGAGGAGACCAGCUCUGUUAUAUCAGGAGGCCCCUGUGUUUAUAAGUUGGUUCUACAUGAGGAAUAUGCACAAGGAAAGUACAGAAAACUGCAGUUUGGGACUGAAAACCCAUUAAAACAACACAAAAUAAUAAUGUUGGUGGGAGCAACAGGAUCAGGUAAAACAACUCUCAUCAAUGCUCUGAUCAACUACAUCCUGGGAGUGAAAUGGGAAGAUAAUUACAGGUUGAUUCUUAUUGAGGAAGAUACAAACAGGAGCCAAGCCCACAGCCAGACCUCUGAAGUCUCUGCCUACCAACUCAAUUAUAUAGAGGCAUUUACUGUCCCCUAUAACCUGACAAUCAUUGAUACCCCGGGGUUUGAUGACACAAGGGGCCGAGAUCAUGACAAAGAGAUUCCCAAGCAGCUGAAAUUAUGUUUUGACUCACCCGGGAGUAUUAGUCACAUUGAUGCCAUUUAUUUUGUACUUCAGUCCAGUUUACCUCGUUUGACAAAAACACAAGAAUAUAUUUUUGGAUCAAUGUUGUCAAUUUUUGCAAAGGAUAUAGAGAAGAACAUACAGAUCUGUGCUACGUUUGCUGAUGCCGGGAAACCAAUGGUCUUACAGGCGCUUAUUGAAUCCAAUGUCUCAUGUGUAAAGAACAAAAAAGGAAUUCCUGUGUAUUUCAAGUUCAAUAAUUGUGCUCUGUAUGUAAAGAAGUCAGAGGAAAAGGAGGAGGAUGAAAAAGAAAAUGACAAUUCAUCUCUUAAGGGACCGUGGGAUACCGGAAAAGAAAGCUCAAAAAACUUAUUUAGAGAUUUAGCACAUAUGCAAUCAAAGAGUCUAGUUUUAACUAAGGAAGUGUUAGAGGAGAGGGAGGCACUCGAGGGCAUAUUAGACGGGUUACAGAGAAAAACUGAGGAAAUUGCACUGAACCACCAAGAGUUAUCCAAACUCAUUCAGAAUAUGGAAGAAAAUGAACAAAUUAUUAAGGACAACAGUAAUUAUGAAUAUGAAAUCUAUAAAAAUGUAAAGAGGAAAAUCCAAAUACAUGGAGAGGUAUAUAACUGUAACUACUGCACAACAACAUGUUCACGUUCUGAAAAUUUGUUUGAAAAAAUUUGGAAAUGGUUUAAAUGGUUGCUUUCCAUGGAAUGUAGCGUGUGUGAGCACAACGAGACCAAUCAUGUGCGUGAGAGCUACGAAUGGAGAAUUGAAGUGGUAACUGAAAAGUUCACGCAUAAAGAGCUGAAAGAGAAGUAUGAGAGGGCAAAUAACAAGAAGUUUUCCAUUAAGGAUAUGAUUCAAAUGAAUGAGAAUCAAAAGAAAAACAUGCAAGAUUCGGCAAUGAGACUUAUCAAGAGAGCUGCUGAAGCUCUCAAGCGCCUACAAGAAAUCGCCCUAAAACCCAACCCACUCACUGUCACUGAUUAUAUUGAUUUGCUUAUCAGUAAAGAGAGACAAGAAGGGAAACCUGGAUUUCAAGAGAAAAUUGCUUCCCUGGAGGAAUUCAAAUGCAAAACUCAAUAGAUAUCAUCCAUGUCUUUUACAUCCAUGUGAGAUCACUGUGUUUUCAUUUAAUAUUACCAAUAAGAAAUUUUCUGUUUAUAUCUGGGUUAUACGGCUUCACUGGAUCAGGAUCAUCUAUUGGAAUGAAAAAGAAGGUGGAGAAAUGACUCAAAGACUGAAAACAUAAAUCUGUUUUUGAAUAUUUUUAGCGAUAAUAAAUCAAUAAUCACAGUAUAAAGCUUGUGUUCUGAAAAUAUAAUGAGUGAGCUAACAAAAUGUUUGUAGAUUGGGAAUUCCUUCUUCAAUAACAAUAAAACCAUAAACACAAACAAAAGUGCAAAGUGUGUUCUUAUUUGUG